AUGCAAGAAUGGUUGAAAAUUUCCCUGAUGCUGUGUACGUUCGGUUUCUUCCGGGAGAUGCGUCCAUCGGAACCGUUCGUCACAGAGUUUUUGUCGGGUGAGUGGCGUGACAUCACACCGGAGCAGCUCAACCGAGAGGUCUAUCCGGUCGGAACAUACAGCUAUCUGGCGGUGCUUAUUGUUGUGUUUCUCGUUACCGAUAUGCUAAGGUACAAGAUCGUAAUAAUAUUUUCUGCCUGCGUCGGUGUUGCAUUAUGGUCGCUUAUGCUGUGGACUACUUCACUGGCUGCCCUGCAGGUGAUCCAGGUGCUGUACGGAACGUACAUGGCCGCCGAGGUAGCAUACUACACGUACAUAUACGCUAAAAUCGACCGCGACAAGUAUCAACAAGUGACGGGCAAUACCCGGGCGGCGGUGCUGAGCGGUCGGUUUUUGGCAAGCGUCAUCGGCCAGGCGCUGGUGUCAACCGAAGCCAUGGACCUGCGGCAGCUUAACUACAUCACACUGGGUGCUCAGGGAUUUUCUCUGCUGUGGUCAUUCGUUUUGCCAUCGGUCAAAAGCAGUGUCUACUUUUACUCCAGCGAUCAUCACCACCAACCGGCAGCACUGAAGGAAGAAAGUACGAGCAAUGACGAUGCUGCCAAAAUUCAAAAUGACCGCCAGGCAGUCCAUUGGCAACCGCAGGAUACCGAGGAGGAAAUUAAAACUGACAUCCACACGGCCAGGGACCGGAACGUUGUAAGCGUUCUUCCAGUUUCAUCUAGCCGCAUCACUGACGGUAGCUAUCUAGCAGACCAAUCCGGUGAUAAUUUGUCCCAGGCACGAGCAGCAUCCGUCGCCCCCGCUGUGAGUCACGAGUCAGUGGAUGAGCGGUCUUCAUCUACUGCUAUCGUCGCUGCUGUCUCGAAGAACCGUUUUUCCUGUCACCGAGCUGGUCGUUUGCUGUGGACUCACUUCACUGCGGCCUAUCUGAACAACAUGGCCGUUGUCCAGUGGAGUCUCUGGUGGUCACUCGCGAUGGCCGGGUUCAUUCAGGUGCAAAUCUACGUCCAGCUAUUGUGGCACGAAAUCGACCAGGAUCAGGAGUACUUGUACAAUGGUGGAGCGGAAGCACUGCUGACCCUGUUCGGCGCAAUCAGUGCCAUUGCAGCCGGUUACGUGGCAAACCGGAUCUUCGAGCAGUGGGCCCUCUGGAUACUGACGCUAUGUUCGGCGCUGCAGGGCGGAUUGAUAUUAUAUUCUGGUUUCUCGACAAACAUAUGGGCAGCGUAUGUUGUUUACAUACUGUUUGGUGUACUUUACAUGUUCAUGAUAACGAUGGCAAGCGCGACAGUUGCCAAAUAUCUGGAAGAGGACAGUUUCGGAUUAAUUUUCGGAAUAAACACAUUCGUAGCGCUGGUCUUUCAGACCAUUUUGACCGUGGUGGUCAUCUCCGAAUCGGGCCUAAUGCUGACACCACGUGGCCAGUUUAAAGUCUACGGGAGCUACUUUCUGGUGCUGGCGCUGGUGUACUUCAUUCCGGCCACCAUUAGCAGCGUUAGAUACUGCCUACGAAACUCGAGGACGGAAAGCACCGAGCACGGCAACGAGUCCAGACUGUCUCAAAUAGAAGGAAUGCCACAACAGAAGCGUGAAGGUGAUAUCACUCAUUUUUAA